GACGUCCCAGUGGUCCAGGUGCGUCUAGACGUUUCACACAAACACGGACUAAGGGGUGCUAACAGGUAGUUUUAAUUCGCAUUCAAAGGAGUCAGUGGAUAGUUUUUUUUUGUUUGUUUUUUUGUUUAUCUGAAUUCAUUUGGAGGAGCCGCUUCGCCGUGUGACUUGCUCUGAAAUGUAAAAUGUGUGACUCAGACAGGUGAGAGAUGCAACAUGGGCAGGAAUGGGCCAAAGAGUGAGCACACCAAGCCAAGGAGUCAGUCGUCAUGUCGCAAAUCAGCCUGCAUCAACUCCUCCACCUGGAGCUGAGCCCCCACCGGAGUGCGGUGUGUGUGAAAGGGGACGCUGCCAGCCUCCAUGGCUCACUCGUCAGACCCGUCCCGCAGGGAGAAGACCCCCGGGACCCAAGGGUCACACGCGGCUACGCGCAACCUCUUGCAGAAGAAGGAGCAGCGGCGGCGUGGAAUCCGAUCCUCCUCGCCCAUGGGCCGCGUCAUCCUCAUCAACUCUCCUGUGGAUGGCGGAGAUGAUAGCGAGGACCUCCACACCAUCACAGUGGACAAGAGUGUGGACGGCAAGUUGGGAUUCAGCGUGCGCGGAGGCUCAGAGCACGGCCUCAGCAUCUUUGUCAGUAAGGUGGAGGACAACAGCACAGCAGAGGAGGCGGGGCUGCUCGUGGGAGAUAAACUGGUGGAGGUGAAUGGCAUCAGCCUGGAGAGCAUCACCAUGAGCAGCGCCGUGAAGGUCCUGACGGGAAACAACAGGCUGAGGAUGGUGGUGAGACGUGUCGGUAAAGUCCCCGGCAUCCGCUACUCCAAGGAGAAGACGACCUGGGUGGACCUGAUUCACAGGCGUAUGGUGGUGGAGGAGAGUGGACGGACGCCUUCAGAGGUCAGCUCGGACAGCGCCCUCCGCAGGAUCGUCCACCUUUACACAACCUCCGACGACUACUGCCUGGGCUUCAACAUCCGUGGGGGGAAGGAGUUUGGUCUGGGAAUUUAUGUUUCCAAGCUGGAUCCAGGCGGCCUGGCUGAGCAAAACGGAAUAAAGAUGGGGGAUCAGAUCCUGGCCGCCAACGGAGUGAGUUUUGAGGACAUCAGCCACAGCAGUGCCGUGGAGGUGCUGAAGAGCCACACACACAUCAUGCUGACCAUCAAGGAAGCGGGACGAUACCCUGCUUAUAAGGAGAUGAUCGCUGAGUACAGGUGGCUCAAUAAAUUGGCCAACGGCACUCAGAAAUCCUCCUCCCAGGGUUCAGAGUCCAACUCUUCAGCCUCCUCUCUGUCGUCUGGGACUCCGGUCAGCUCUCUGAGCGGCCUGUCUCAGGUGAUGUUCCCGCCCAGUCUGUCGUUUGGUUCAGACAUGGUGGAUGUUUGCAUCUCCACUGAGGACCAGGGCUCGGAGUCUGAGCGUACGGAGACCGCCAUGCAGACGGACCUUCCUUCUCAGCGGACAGGUGCAGACACCACUCGCAGCCUGGGGCCGACCACUCUGCUCAAAGAAACCGUGAUCCGCGGAGACGGCGUCAGCAAAGAGUCGCCCAAGACCGCCGUGCUCCUGGCCCUCAGCAGACCGAGCCGACCCAUCAGCAGGUCGCAGAGUCAAGUCACCGUGGCAGAGAUCAAGCAGAAGAAGGAGAAGAAACAGAAAGGGAAGGAUCCAGAGGAGAAGAGCACCCUGCAACGCUCAAAGACCUUCGUUAACUUGUUGUUCAGAGCAGGGCGCAAGAGAGACACCUCCAGAGGACGCUCUAAGUCUCCGUCCAAAGACAAGGCCGGCAAAGAGCGACAACAGGUCGGUGCGAUGCCAAAUUCAGAGAUGCUGGGAGUGGUGGAGGACAUGUCGCGCAGGCUGCUGACCGAGGACGAGGUGGCUGCCGUGAUGAACACGUGCCGACUGUACAUAGCAGAGCGGUCGGUGGAGAACCUGAUACGCCACCUGCUGGUCGUUCUGGACCGGCCUGAGAAGCUGCUGCUGCUGAGAGAAGUCAGGAUGCUGCUUCCUCCUUCUGAUCUGAGGUUGUUUAAUGACAUGGUGACCCCUAUUGAAGUCGAAGCCUACGAUAUUCUCAAGUAUCGCUCAAUCCGAACUCCUCCUCUUCGCUCACCCAUCUCUGGUCGAGCUCCCAAGCGGCGCCUCAUCACGCCCAUCCCAGAUUUCAGAGGCGGCUUUGAGCUCCACAGUGCUGAGGAGGUGGAGAAGGAGAGCCACCUACUGGAGGAGCUGGAGAAGCUCAGCCUGACGGGACCUCGAGGAUCCUCUGAGAGGCCCCAGACCUCCGGGUCCUUCACACCUCUGCUGGACAUACCGGUGGACGGAUAUAACACGGAGUCCAGAGACCCCAGACCCCCCUCUGCCAGCCCCAUGCUCCCCAACUGGCUGCUGGCCCGCAGCAGCGACUCCCGCCCUCCUCUCCGAACCGACAUCGGCACGAUUCGCUCCGUUCACUUCGACGAGGUUUCACUGCACUCAGCCUCAGACACGAGCUCAGACAGGGGCCGGACUCUGUUCAGGGACAGUCACUCUAAAGGCAGCAAGGAGAAGAGUGGAGAAAGGGGCAAAGCGACUGUGUUCACGCUGCAGAGCGCCGCUCGCAGGAAUCGGCCUUUGCUGUCGCAGGUGUUCAGUCGCGAUCACCAAGUGGGUUGUGAAAACACGAACGGCCACCAGACUCCCUCUGAGAACAGGCUGAAUGGCAGCGACUCUAAACAGGAGUAUGAGCUCAAAACUGUCAGCAUCUCCAAAACCAAACAGUCUCUGGGUAUCAGUAUAUCUGGUGGGAUGGAGUCGAAGGUUCAGCCGGUGGUGAAGAUCGAGAAGAUCUUUCCUGGAGGAGCUGCCUCCACCUGUGAAGUGCUCAAGGCUGGAUUUGAGUUGGUGUCCGUGGACGGGAUCUCGCUGCGAGGAGUGACCCACCAGCAUGCCGUCGACAGCAUCAGGAAAGCCUUCAGCAAUAAGGCCAAAGACCCCAUGGUGUUUGUUGUCAAAGUCCCUAAGAACCUGUGAAAGGAGACUCUCACUGUGAACCUAUAAAAACAUAUGGAUACACACAGGUGAGGUCAGGUCAGGUCUGCAAUUCUGCCAUUUACGAUUAAAAAAAGAAAGAUGAUGUGGACACUUGCUGAGCAGGACAAACAAAAAUGGCCGUGCAGAUCGUGGGACUGGAGAAGAAUUAAAUUAAUAAAGGCAUUUUUUUUUUCAGUCACUUUUUUUGUCCUGGGAAAUUAUGUUGCUUCCUGAUGCUUCAAUGUGUCACUUUAUCACAGUCCAGGAACCAGUGCCUGACAACAAUAAGAGUUACUUUUUACUCACUGAUCACAAAACUUUCAGUGUAUCUUCAUGGGCUUGAAUGUAAAAAUGUGCGGGAUGACAAACUGUAACCCGAGUGCCUUAAAUUGGGUUGAAGUCACACGUUUUGGCCAGAAGGGGGCAGGCUUUAGCCGUCCAGACGCUGAAUAUUUUCUAAAUGAAAACAAGAUGAGUAGAGAUUAAAUAACCCUCUACAAAGAAUUACAAGCCACAUAAAAUCGUUUUUAAUGUCCUGAAUUUAUCUACAAAAAUAAGCAACUCUAAGGGAGAGAACACUUUCUGUGACUGAGAGUCAAUGUACGUAAUAAUAAAAAAAAUAAAAACAUGA